AGCAGAUAAGCCUGCAGCACAAAGCUUCACAGAGCAUUAGCACUUGAAGAUGGUAGCGAAUAUCGAAGACGUCGCUGACAAGAGCUUUGAUUACAUCGUGAUAGGUGGAGGGACAUCUGGCCUCUGUGUCGCUGCUCGCCUUUCCGAGGACCCCACCGUCUCGGUGCUCGUCCUGGAAGCCGGUAACGCCAACUUGGACGACCCUCUCCUGCUGCGCCCCGCUUCGUACGGAAGUCAUUUCGAGAAUCCAGCAUAUGACUGGGCUUUCAAAACGACGCCGCAGAAGUAUUGCAAUGGGACCCAGUUCACUUGGAAUCGAGGGAAGGGUCUCGGCGGGAGUUCUGCUAUCAACUUCCUGUGCUGGACGAAGCCUCCCGCAGCAGAGAUUGAUGAUAUCGAGCGGCUCGGUAAUCCGGGCUGGAAUUGGAAGAACUAUGAAACAUUCUCCCACAGAACAGAGACCUGCAUCUACCCUUCAGAGGAAGUUAUCAAGAAGCACGGUCUACGCAUAGAGGACUGGAAGAACGGCACCGAAGGACCCCUAUUGACUUCUUUCCCUGCCAAAAUUAACGCUGCAGAGCUCGAUAUACAGCAGACUUUGAUCAACCGUGGCCUCCCUCUGGCUAAGAAGCCUCUCGGAGGUGAUCCACUCGGCGUUUUCUUCGGUACGAAUACAGUCGACCCAAAGACCUCGACUCGUACAUAUGCCACGACGGCCUUCUAUCUGCCUAACGUUAACAGGCCCAACUUCACUGUUCUCGUCCAAGCUCCGGUAAACAGGCUAUUGACGACCAAAGAUAGCAAUGGGCUAGUGAUCGCUGUUGGCGUUGAGUUCCGUCACAAUGGCCGCGACUAUAGUGUAAGGCCGAACAAAGAGGUGGUGUUGUGCGCAGGGGGCCUUAAGUCGUCUCAAAUACUGGAGCUUUCGGGGUUCGGCAACCCACAGCUCCUCAAGAGCCUUGACAUACCAGUCGUCUUACCUUUGUCAACCAUUGGCGAGAACGUACAAGAGCAUAUUUUCACCGGAGUGACCUGGGAGCUCCGUGAGGAUGCCUCCUUUGAUACGCUCGAUGUGUUGAGGGAUCCGAAGAUAGCUGCUGAGCACGUAGAGCUCCACGCUAAGGGCGAGGGCCUUUUCACCAUGGGAUUGUGCGGCUUCGCGUUUGUUCCCUUGCAAAUGCUCUCGAAGCGCGCCGACGAUAUACACAAAGCUGCCCGAGACAAAAUUGAGAAGAAUGCCGCGAAGUAUCCUUCUGGCUUGCUCGAGCAGUACCGUAUCCAGUUGGAGCGACUAGAGAGGGGCGCUCCGGGGUGCGAGUACAUCACGUUCCCUGGUUUCUUGUCUCAGCCGAACCCGCCCAAGCCGGGAAAGAAGUACCUGACUAUGCUUGUCUUGACGAACCACUUAUUCUCUCGGGGCACUAUACACGUCAAAUCAAAGAAUCCGGAGGAUGAUCCAGAGUUCGAUCCUCACUAUUUCGAAGAGGAGAUAGAUCGCGAUACGUUCGUCGAGAUAGUCAAGUUCGCCAAGGGGCUGGCUCAGACCGCACCAUUUAAGGAUCUGGUUGCGCAGGAAGUGAAUCCCGGGCCAGAGGUCACAACGGAUGAGCAGAUCGCAGACUGGCUCAAGUCUUACAUGACGACGACAUACCACACUAUUGGAUCUUGCUCAAUGCUUCCGAAGGACAAAGGAGGUGUGGUCGAUUCCAAGCUGAAGGUGUAUGGCACGACCAAUGUCCGGGUGGCCGACUUGUCUGUCAUCCCGCUCCAUUUUGCCGCGCAUCCACAGGCUACCGCUUACGCUAUCGGCGAGCAGGCUGCCGACAUUAUCAAAGGUGUUCUGUAA